UGGAGGGAAAGGGCGAGACCCCCUUUAAGGUGUCGGUUUCCCCUCCUCCGGCUGAAGCCCAGAGGCACGGACGGCGUCUCCAAGGCGGAUCCUUGUUGUCACGCCGAGAAAGGCGAGGGCCGGACUGAGGGGAAGAAAAGUUUGGGAAGGGGGAUCCCAACGCCUCCAGGACUUAAAUCAGGGUGCUCCCUUCGGGCGACCCGCCUUCGCUGUCCUCUGGCUCGGAGGUCUCCAGACUUGGCCCGCCUGCCCCCCGAGGGCUCGGACCCCGCCUCGCCUCCUCCCUGCCUUGCUGUGGCCACGGCCUUUCUGGCUUGGCUCCCGCUUGCCUCUCCGGCUCCCAGGUGCCAUGAAGGUCGAGUUUGCCCCGCUCAACAUCCCCUUGGCCCGGAGGGCGCAGACGGCCGCGGUCUUCCAGUGGGUCUUCUCCUUCCUGCUGCUAGCACAAUGUUGCUGUGCAAUCUUUAUGAUUUUCGUGUUUGGAGAUUACUGGUUUAUAGCAGCCGUCUAUGCGCUCUGGCUCUACCUUGACUGGGAAACACCUCAAACUGGAGGGAGGAGAUCUCAGUGGGUCAGAAACUGGACUGUGUGGAGGUAUUUCAAGGACUACUUUCCAAUUCAUCUAAUCAAAUCUUCGGAUUUGGAUCCAAGUCAAAAUUACCUCUUUGGAUUCCAUCCUCAUGGUGUCCUUGUGGCGGGAGCCUUUGGAAACUUCUGCACAGAAUACACAGGAUUUCAGAAAUUGUUCCCUGGCCUGACUCCAUACCUCCACAUCUUGCCUUUCUGGUUUCGAUGUCCCUUUUUUAGAGAUUAUAUUAUGUCUGCUGGACUGGUUUCAGCAUCCAAGAAGAGUGUAUCUCAUGUGUUGAGCCAUGAAAAGGGUGGAAAUGUUGCUGUGAUUGUAAUUGGAGGGGCAGAAGAGUCUUUGGAUGCCCAUCCUGAAAGCCUCACUCUUAAUAUCCUCAAAAGGAAAGGCUUCAUUAAAGUUGCCCUGAAACACGGGGCUCAGCUGGUCCCAGUGUUUUCUUUUGGUGAAAAUGAACUGUUCAAGCAAAUAGCCAACCCAAAAGGAUCACGGCUCAGGGCAUGGCAAGAGAAAUUGCAGAAAAUUAUGGGAUUUGCUAUGCCUUUGUUUCAUGGCAGAGGGAUCUUUCAAUAUAGUUUUGGCUUGAUGCCUUAUAGGAAACCUAUCCAUACAGUUGUUGGGAAUCCUAUCACUGUGAAGCAAAACCUCAAUCCCACCCUCGACGAGAUUGAUCAAUUACAUGAGAAAUAUCUGCAGGAACUACAAAACUUAUUUGACAAAAACAAAGAAAAAUAUGGCAUACCUGAACACAUGUCUCUCAUCUUUACCUAAGUGCAAGUACAUGGACUGUCUGCAGCAAAUGCCUAUUGAUGAGCAUACUUUUCCUCCACUACUCUCUCUUUCUAUUCAAAGCUUUCAAGAGUUAUAGUCUUCUUGUGGAACUGCUGUCAUUUUGUGUUAAGAAAAGAGUUAUUGGUUUCGAAGAUAUUCUUGAUAUUUACUCAUUUUUUUCUAUAUGAAAUUGACUUUCCUGAUUUGUAUGAGUCACUGGCUGUAAAAGCUGCUUCUCUUCCAAAUGGUUGUGUUUUUAUUAAGGCAUUCUGUAGUUCAGUAUUUCUCAGUCUUUUUUCCUCCAGAUACUUUGGAAUUCAAACUUCAGAAGUCUUAGUCACCACAGCCAAUGUCAGGAAUUUGGAAACAGAAAGUGAACACAACUGGAGGACCAAAGUUUGAGAAUCAUUUCACGAUGCAAAAAGUUGUAUUCCAGUGUGAUUUCUAUCAAAUUGGCAAGGGUUCCUAACUCCCAAUUAUUUAACUCUUACGGCAACCAAAGAAUUCUCUCUUGUCUUAUACUACUAUGAAAAAAGCCCACAAUAACCCAAAGUGAAUUUUCAUAUGUUUCAUUCUGGUACUCAUAUCAAGUUACUGGCACAAAAUCCUUAAUUCCAAGUGUAUGACUUUUCUAUCAAAAACUUGUUAGUGAAUAGUUCUCUCCAAAAACAAAAAAAAACCUCUGAAGCCUGCCAAUUUUUGUGUUCAAGAACACUGCAAAUCUCUAAGAAACGGUUUCCUCUGAGUCUCUGUUAGCAACAAUAAUGGAUCGGUACAGUGACAGAGGUGUGCACAUAAAAUUAGGGUUUAGUUCCAAAGUCAACAGUUGUGUUUCCCUAAGGAUUUUCUUUUGUGUGACCUCCUCUUGAAACAAAUAGAGAUUUUUAGAGAAAUAAACAGUCCCCACGAAACAAAACCCAAGCCCCAGAAAUCUGCUCUUGAACUGAUCAUUUUGAUAUCACGGUGGAUACAGUAGGCAAAUUACAAAUAAGGUGCUUUCAGGAAAAGGGAAAAAAGUGAAUUUGAGAAAUAUGCUCCAAUAAUUGGAGGAGAUUGGUUGACAUUGUCAUUUUUAACUGAGAAUAGGUUGGUCUCUCUGUUUUUGUAUCUUUGUAUUUAUGACAAAGAUGGCAGUCUUCACUGGCAUUAGGGCCCCACAAAACCCAGAUCCAUUUUUUUAGCUUAAUAGUCUCCAUAUGCCCUCUAGGAUUAUGGAAAGAAUUUUACCAUGGAAUUUGGCCUUGCUCUGGUUUUUGUGGAGAUGGUGAAAAGCUAGUUGGGUAAAUGAAGACAUGACUAAGGACCUCUUCACAUGGGGCAAAAUAGCACCAUUUUGACGCUUUUAACCGGGGCUUCCAGAGCGCCAUCAGAUAACGCACAACAGGCCUCACCCACAUUCCUCCUGAAGUGGAGGGGAAGCGUCAAAAUGUGUUUCCUCCUCCACCACGGGGAGGAGAGUGUUUUUCAGGUAACUCUGGUGGAUCUACCCACACUUUCCUCCCCUUUUCCCCAUAUGAUGGGGGAAAGGAUGGUAGGGCAAUGCAUGUUGCCAAUCCUUUCUUUCAUCUGAUGGGGACAGGAUGCCAACACGCCCUGUCCUGUUCUCACUAUGUGAUGGGAGGAGGAGGGAGGGCUCAUGGGUCACCACGAGGCACCCCACAUGCCUUUCGUCGGUGACUGCUAGUGCAACAGCACAGCCCCUGUGGACCAUAUGAAGAAGUCAUCAAAUCCUGUGCCUCCCAGAAGCAUAAGGGCCCUUCUUACGUUGUUUUAAAAGGUGAUUCUGGGAGCCACAAAGGCUGUGUGUGGUCAGUGGAUUGCACUUCAGCCCUUCUUAUCUGAUAACUCAAGAGAUUUUUGAAUGUUCAUCUCUGUAUAGUUGUCUAGGUAUUGCUCUAUGUUUCCAAUUAUGCAAUAUAAAUAUUUAGUGGACUAGGGUAAUCCUAAGAUUAUGGACAGAAAACUGCUACGGUUUUAAUGGAGGUGUUUUUAUGAGCAUGACUUCCAGUAUUCAUAAAUAUGUACAGAAAGUAUUGUGAAGGACCCCCUUUCAACUAUUUGUUUUGACUUUAACCUACACAUUUCCUUUAGAUUUGGUAUCCUUUGACUAUUUUUAUGAGCCCUCGUUACAAAUUCUGUCAAAUCUCCAUUAAAAGGUGGGACCCACAGAGUGUGAUUCAGAAGGAAUUUUGUAUAAUGUAUUUUGCACUGUGAAAUUCAUUCACCAAAGGGACAGAUGGGAACAGGUGCAAUUGGUGUUUUGUUCUACAAUUUUGUAAACAACAGCAUCAUUCUGAAUAAUCCAUUUUAACCUUUCAGGCUGAAAACAGCAAUGUACAUAUGGAAUAUUUUCAUUAAACAUUUCUUUUUUA